UAUACUCAUGGAGAUGUUCCUGGGCAUAACAAAACUCCAAAUAAUAAUAAUAAAAUGCUAAUAAAGAAAAUUGCAUUUUUAGUUGGACCAAACAGGCUUGCAGCCCAGAGCGGCGAAGCAAGCCCAUUCCCGAACCCUAAAACCCUCGUUAGCGGAAGCCGUACCAUCACCCUCGGAGGUCUGAACCGGCGGCGAUGACGUCCGUGCGCUCGGCUGCGUCGACGGCGCUGCCGCCGAUCCGGGCGGCGGUGGCGCGGUCGAAGCGCGAGGCGAUCCGGCGGGAGCUGGAGAACUGCCAGCUGCUGGCGGGCAUCUGGUGCCACGGGCUGACGGUGCGGCAGCUGCAGGCGCUCCGCGGCGCUCUCCCGGAUACGGCGCGGCUGGUGGUGGCGAAGAACUCGCUGGUGGAGAAGGCCAUCGAGGGCACCAAGUGGGAGCCCCUCCGCCCCUGCGCCAAGGGUAUGAACGCCUGGCUCUUCGUCCACUCCGACGACGUCCCCCCCGCCCUCAACCCCUACCGCCACUUCCAGCGCGAGUGGAAGCUCGCCCUCAACGACUUCACCGGCGCCGUCUACGAGGGCAGGCUCUACGGCCCCGACGAUUUCGCCGCCCUCGAGGCCAUGCCCACGCGCCUGCAGUCCUACGCCUACCUGCUCGGCUGCCUGCACACCCCCGCCGUCUCUCUGCUCGGCGUCCUGCAGGCCGCGCCAGUACAGCCCGCCCCUGCCCCUCCCCCUCCCCCUCCCCCCAAGGAGGAGAGUUAGAUAGAUGAUCACGUAUGUGGUGGCUUAAUGAAGGACACAUGGUAAAGUGAUGCCAGAAUGUCAAUCAGCUAAACACAAUUGAGCCAUGUUUUUUCUAUUAUCAGCAGAAAGUGUGUUUUACUUUGUGGGAAUAUUCCUAUAAUUGUCUCUCCCUUGUUGGCAAAAAUAAUUAAUCGAUUAAUGAGAUACCAAUUAUAUUCUGCUUUUUUACAUUUCCAUUUCCAUUUUCAUUAUCCCGACAAAACAGAGACUUGGGCAUUUGUGUAUCUCUGUUGCUGUUGUUUCGUUAUAUUAUGACCAGCAUGUGUGGGAUAAACUUCUAGCUCU